GAGUGCAGUCAGAAACAAGGAGCUGGGGACGGACAUAGACCCUAAUAAAACGAGCCAGGUUCGGUACAUGCUCAGAAGAGACCGUCCUAGAUUCAUCCAGCCAUAGCAGAGCCUUUGCGAGCUCUGAAGUCAAGGAGUGAAUCGGAUUUGCCGAUUACCCCAACACAGGACUCUGUGUGUUGGCUUUCCCCCCACCCAAGAGGAUUGUUCCUCGAACAAAAAGUAUUGAUUUCGAUGAACAAUGCGCGGAACUACUGAAGAACAGAGGAUCACAAAUGUCAACCAUUUACUCUCCGUUUGCUCGGCUACCUCCAGAUAGCUUGUUAGCGUAAUGAAGACCAGAGUGGAAUAACAUUUAAUCUCAGGGGUUAGUACAGAAAGCCGGUGAAAAUGAAAGGGGCAAACGGAUACACUUUAGUUUAUUUGGCGUCUUUUAUCAGCUUCGGCACCGCAGGUGCCUUGAACCUUUCUGUGGCGGAUAGCAACGAUACCCGGAAAGGAAGCGAGGGACAUGGAGGCAUGAUCCCUGGGGUGCUAACUAAAAUAAGCCAGAUCAUAGCCCGGGAGGGCAACUACGCUUUGAUCGACUGCAAUGUAACCGGUGACCCUUUUCCGGAUGUUCGGUGGUUUAACUCUCACGGUCACCUUUUAGACAUAGACAAAACUGAUGGAAAAUGGUGGACUUUGGAUAAUGGAGUUCUGAACAUCACUAGUAUCACUUUCAAUGACCGUGGCAAAUAUACUUGUGUGGCAUCCAAUAUUCAUGGCACAGCUAAUUGCACAGUGACACUUCGUGUGGUCUUUACAAACGGUGACAUGGGUGUAUACUACAUGGUUGUGUGUUUGGUGACUUUCACGAUCAUUAUGAUAUUGAAUGUAACUCGUCUUUGCAUGAUGAGCAGCCAUCUUAAAAAGACAGAGAAGGCCAUUAAUGAGUUUUUCCGCACUGAAGGUGCAGAGAAGCUCCAGAAAGCGUUUGAGAUCGCGAAACGCAUUCCCAUUAUCACAUCUGCUAAAACACUGGAGUUGGCCAAGGUCACACAGUUCAAGACCAUGGAGUUUGCACGUUACAUUGAGGAGUUGGCACGUAGCAUUCCCCUACCUCCGCUCAUCAUGAAUUGCCGUACUUUCAUGGAGGAGAUCCUUGAAGUUGUCGGGGUUGAGGAAAUGAGGCACACCUUCGUUCGACAGGCGCCUGAAGGUCAUGAAGGCAGUUCUCAUUGUGGGGGAACUGCAGGAGGUUCAGCUCUAGGUGCCAGCAACGUUUUCACCAUUCUACAGGAAAGGCAAAGAGAGCGGAGUGGGUCACCUGCCACAGAUUCAGAUGAUGCGUCUCUCCAGGAGCAGCCUCAACAAAUUGCUAUUCAGGUUUCCAUUCACCCACCACUGGCUGAAGCAGGCUGUAGUUUGGAGGCUCCGCCCCUUACUGAAAUGCCCUCCUCUGUUCCCCCGUUGGGUCAGCUGCCUGUUGAAGCAGAUUCAGAAGAGCAGGAGAAGGCGACAGAGACGGAGACAAGUGGAGCAACGUUACUAACAAGCCAAGUCAUCUAUGAAAGCCAUGUGUAAUAUCCUUUAUACAGGAUGAUUUAUCUUGCUAUGCAUUUGCAAAUAAAAACGUUACAUUUUAUGUUUUUCUCUGUUUAUAAAUGGAAAACACUCUGUUAACAGCUUUCACUAUUAUUUAGUUUGAGAAAACACUGAGGACCUUUUUCUUUGGUUCUUUUUUUUUUUCUCUCAUGACAAUUCAUGUUGAAUGUAUUUUGUGAGAAAUGCUCAACUUAGAAUAUCAACCACCUCAAUCAAGCACUGAUUUUUGUAUUUAUUAAACUAACCAAAACUAGGGCUAUUGAUGGGUUUAGACAUAAUCAAAUGUGUAUAUAGGCUACCAGUAACUAGGGCUACUGAUGCAUAUGGGUUUUAAAUAAUCUUUUCAUAGUAUCUUAGACAUGGAUGUAGAUUCCAUUUCAUAUUCCGAUGAAUGAUGAUUUCAGGUAUGAAGGCUAAUAUGCAUUUGUUGUUGAACAUUGUAAAAGUGUAAGACAGGCUAAUUGACUUUUGUUAGGAGAUUUUUGUUCCAUCUUUAAAUGCAUGUUGCAUGUUGCUGAGUUCUGAACUUGGGCUUGGAGAGUUGUUUAUGACUUUCUAUUAGUUUGUCAAGCUUGAUAUAAAGUUCAGUGUAAUAUCCUCCAGCCUUCAUUUUGAAAGAAUUAUGAAUUUCUUAAUUAAAUGACCACAGUGGACCUUACUAUAAUGGUCAUUAUCAUUAUUAGUGGUUUUGCUUUGAGUUGUAUCGUGUUAGUAUUGUGUUCUCUUCAUUUCAAAUGUGCAAACAGGUUUCUGCAGGUUGGGUUUUUUCCCCUUUGUUAUACGUAUAUUUUUCACAUUUACAGUUGUAAAAGGGUGUAAUAAUUUGGAUUAUUUAUUAUGUUUAUGUACAUUUCUAGAAACAUGGAAGCUGAGGACGAUAUUUGAGAACUUCCUAGAUGGUUAGAAAUAUGCCAACUUUCUGCAGCCUUAAAGCAUUACAUAUGUUUCACUUUCUAAGUGGCCUGAGCACCCUUGUCCCUCUCAUUCCUCAAAUGCAGCUCUCCUGCUUAAUGAACAUGAAAAAGAUUAUGAUGAGCUUCAGGUCGUUGUGCUCGACUGAAACUGGAGGGGACAGGUGGGCAUUCUGGACUUCUCCCCUGAUUUGGUGCUCUUUUUUUGUAGUGAAAUAAACUACCUGUCUGCUGUGUA